GUUUGCUUUCUUUCAAAAUUCAUAAUCUCAGAAGAAAACUACAUUAGGUCUCUCUUCCCCCUAGAGCCGCUACUCCCUCUCACUUUUUCACUUUUUGACCUCUCUGUUUUCGCAUCAACAAAGUGAUGAUAUUUCACUAAUCAAUCAAACAGAGAGACUCAACUUAUUUGACUAUAUAAUGUUUGACAAACCCUAACGGAUCUUUUCUCUUUUCUUUCUUACACCAUCUCGUGCUUCUCCCAAUCCAAUCACUGCCCCCUCUCUCUCUCUCUCUUUGGGGAAUUCUUACUUCCAUGACCUCUCUGCCUCUCUCUAAUCUUAAAUGUUCUCUUCUUUUUUCUGUAGGAGUUUCCUUUUUAGUAUACUGAAUCUUACCUUUUCCCCAUUUAAGUUUUAACCUUUUUGCUAUAUUUAGUAAACAAGAUUUUGUCAUAGGGUUUAGGGUUUAACAAUAGACUUCAUACGAAAACUUUCUGACUUUAUAUUUUUCCUUUUCUUAAAAAACACACACUAACUUUAACCUCAAAUUCAACAGUCAUCAAGAUUUUUCUCGGAUUCUAAUCAAACGUCCACAGGUGAAAAUGUCCUCUUGUGCCUAUAGCUUCGAGUUGGAAAUGAUGAAAUCGCCGCCGUCAAACAACACUCCUUCACCGUCAUCUACAAUCUCUGAGACAAACUCUCCUCCGUUCUCAAUCUCCACGAGAAGGCCACGAACUCCACGGAAACGUCCCAACCAAACAUACGACGAAGCUGCGGCUCUCCUCUCCACCGCUUACCCUAAAAUCUUCUCUUCCAAGAAGGCAAAAACUCAGAUUUUCGGGACUAAUAAAUCUCCUCUCAGUGAUUACGACGAAGCUUCUCAGUUGCUUCUUCCGUACGUAUCCAUCGAGGAGAACGAGUUUCUGUUCAAUCCAACGAUUCCAACGAAAACAGAACACUUCUUGGAGCAGAAGGAAGUCAGUUUUGAUGACUUGGAGGUGAAUGGGUUUGGAGUUUUAGACGAUUUCGACGCGGAAUCGAUUUUAGAUGAAGAGAUUGAAGAAGGAAUUGAUAGUUUUAUGGGGAAUAUUGAAUCUAAUGACGGAGAUAGAGAAAAUUGUUACAGAGUCGGUCGAUUAGAGGAAAUUAUGAAGAAUGCUUGGAACGGAAGGUUUCGUUUAGGGCUUGGUUUGAGAAGUUCUCUCCGACAAAACAACGACGAGAACUGGUGGAAAUUUCCUACUGUGGAGUUUGAUCAGAUUUCGCCGAGAAUUCAGACCACCGCCGCCGCAGCAGCUGAUGAUGGUCAAUCCAAUGUCGUGGAUAGUAGCAAGAUUAAAACGAUUGUGACGGCGGAGGGAGACAAGAAAAAGAAAAAGAAGAAGAAGAAAAAGAAAGUGGCUCCGGCGGCGGCGGAAUCAAAGAGCUCUGAAGUUACGGACUCGAAUCCAAAGCUGGAGCAGAGAGUGAGUCCGUUGCUGAAGCUCGACUACGAUGGGGUUUUAGAGGCUUGGUCAGGUAAGGAGUCACCGUUCUCCGACGAGAUUCUUGGUUCGGACGCUGACGGAGUCGAUUUUCAUGUAAGGUUGGGUGAGAUAGAUUUGUUCGGAGAAAGUGGUAUGAGAGAAGCAAGUGUGUUAAGGUAUAAAGAGAAGCGGAGGAAUAGACUCUUCUCCAAGAAAAUCCGAUAUCAAGUUCGCAAGCUCAACGCCGACCAACGCCCGCGUAUGAAGGUAUAAAUCUCAUAGUCUUGAAAAAUGUAAAAGUUGAAACUUAUAUAUAUAAUACUGUCAACAAGGGUAGAAUGAAGGUAACGCUGAUACAUUUUAUUUGAGCUACGAUUUAGGUGAAAGAUUGGCAUUGUAAUAUUGUGGUUGUCUCUCAUCAACAGGGACGAUUUGUGAGAAGGCCCAACGCAAGGAAUUUAAGUGGUCUACGAUUAUAAGAAUAAGAGCCGAAAGAACUUAAGCUCUUUGAUUCUCUUUUUGUUUUGUUCGUUCUUUUAAUAGCCUAGGUUUUUUUUUUGUCAUAAGGGAAUGGGGGAAGAAAUUAGUUGAUUCGAGACAGCUAAGAAUUAUAACGAAUACAACUUUAUUUUGUCUUUUGGUAAAAACUACAUGUUGAGACUUCAGAAUUCAUACAUGUACACUAUUAACGCCAAGGAUGUAGUGGAAAAUCGUACAUUCAACUCUCUUUAUAAUUGUUUUGCAUCCUCUCUAGAAUUUGUACUUUUUCAAUUCCAUGCAUUAAUACUCUCUUUGUUUUUUAGUAUUCAUUCAGAGUUUGAGAGGCUUUUUUGCCUACACAUAUUAUGGAGUCAAAACAUUGUUUGAGCAAAAGAAAUUAUACAGUUUCAAUUUCAUUACAUACUCUCUCAAUUGAAGGCCGAGCAAACCCGUCGAAUCUCCCCUUUGAAACCAGUCUUCACACCAAUCUUCCCCAUCUUUACGAUCGCCUUAACGAAAUCAGACUCGAAUGUUGGCCCAAAGAAUGGAUUUAGCAUCCCAAGAUAGGAAUCCACGACCUGUCUGGUCGUUACAUCCUCGUAAAGACCUGCGUCGGUCUGAAGCACAGCAAAACCAUCCUUUAUGUUUUGCAGAAUCUGCUUGUCGAAUAGCCGUUCGCUGAACCGGUCAAUUGGUAAACGGACGUUUAUGUCACCAUUUUGUGGGCACUGAGUGGUUAAUUCGGGUAGGAAUGUUGGAUUGAUAGUCGGGUCAGGUUGGCCACCAGGUAAGAAAUCAUAGAGCCGUUUGGACAUGAAGAAGCAGGCCGUUGUUCCGAUAGUGUGAGCAGC